CUAGGCGGUGGAACGUUCUGUUCACUCAAGUUCCCCGAGCUCGAACGUAUAUUCACACGUGCAGAGUAAUGUGAGCAGUGGGUCAAGUUUCACCCAUAAAGGGUUCCCCUUCUCUUUUGUGUUGAGGUGUAGUCGCGUGAUUUAAGUUGAUUUGGGGAAGACGAUGCACACACCAACUUUCAAAAGGAUUGUAGAAGGGUGCCGUUGCAUAUGGACGUUUGUGCAUUUCUUAGCUUAGGCCUACUUUCAAGUUCACGUGUUCAGCUGGCCAACAUAGCCCCAUACAAGGUGAAGAGCAGCUGUUCAAGGAGACAAUGUUUUAGGUUAACAGAUGCAACUGUAAUCAGUCUCCAUGACUUCGCAAUGUUGCGAUUUGCAACUUCAGUGAAUCCAUUACAAUAUUUACCUAAUAAUCCAGGCUAUGCUAAGUGCCCAACCACUGCUACAACUUUUCUAUAUCAGUCUCCUGGGAUAGGGCAAUGUCAUGGCCAGAAAACCCUUCACUCCAGAUGAGGUGCGCAGAAUAAUAGAGCGCCUGGAGGACCCAGCUGUCUUCCACAAUAUGACAGAUGACUGGCCAGCGCGGGGUUGGACAGCACGACACCUCUCUCUGUGCCUGGAGAAGAAACCUGUUCGCUUUCGCAUCGGGAAGAGGAAGGCUGGUAAAUCACCUCUCUAUGAGACCCAGUGUGAGUACGUGGAGGCGACCCUAUCAGAGUUCCUAGCCUGGACCAGCCAGCAGGAUGACCCUGCUGUCGGAGCAUUCCAUGACUAUCCCCUCUCCGACUACUGGGCCUAUGCUGAUUACAAGUACAUCGCCAAGCUCUUCCAGGAUGAAGAAUCUAUGUUUGAGGAGGUGGUGUGGUCUGAUUUUGGCUACCCGGGUCGUGAUGGAGCAGCCAGUACCCUGUGGGUGGGUACCGAGGGGGCCAACACGCCUUGCCAUCUGGACACGUACGGCUAUAACCUGGUCUUCCAAGUGGAGGGCAGGAAACGUUGGCACCUCUUCUCCCCCGACGACACCAGCUGUCUGUACCCGACCCGCAUCCCCUACGAGGAGUCCAGCGUCUUCAGUCAGGUCAACGUGCUCCAGCCGGAUCUGGGCCGCUUCCCAGCCUUCAGCAGGGCCCGGGCCCAUGUUGUCACCCUGCAACCUGGACAGGUGCUGUUUGUCCCUCGCCACUGGUGGCACUACGUAGAGUCCCUGGACCCUGUCACUGUCAGCAUCAACUCCUGGAUCGAGUUGGAGGUGGAUGAUGAGGCGAGGGUGGGGGAGGCUCUGACCAGGGCGUUGGUGUGUGCUCUGAAGACGACUCCCAGCCAGGACAACACCAGUGAGGACUGGCUCAACCCCACAGAGGAUGGGGCGUCCUCUCAUGACGAGAACAUGCAGUACCUGAGCCUGGCGCUGCAGGCUUGUGUGAGGAAGAGGAGUGCAGUCCAAGAGGAAGACUCCUCGCCACAACAAGGAAAAGAUGGCCACCGGGCCUCCAAGCGUGACGCCAGUGGCAGCGUCAAGACCAACUCCAGCACCAAAGACGAAGACGGAAGAAGAAAAGACAGCUCGUUCAUGCCUCCGUUUGGACUUAACCUUGUCCCAGUACCCUGUGUAACGCACGCCCUCAACGCACCGAAAGACCCAACUCUCAAGGACACCCGUUGGUCCACAGACCAUAAUCCUCAAUCUGCCUCAGUGUCUGACUUUGAUUCACGCACGGCACAGGAAAGCGGCCAUGAUGGGCGUGGCGAUCUCCAUAAGAGACCAGAGGCUUCUACUUCUGCUGUCGUGUCAGAAGGUCUCUCUCUCCACAGUGAGGGCAGCGUUCCUCAGGUGUCUCUCUCCACUACUGACCUGCUGGAGAGCCUGGUCCACCCAGACGUCAUCGCUCUGGUCAGCCGUCUACUCCUGGACAGGCAACGCCAACUCUCAGGCAGUUAGACUAU